UACGAAUGCGGAUAUCAAACCCGCUAAUUCCCCCCAAAUUCCCUCCAUUUCUCAUCUUAACCUCAAAUUUGAAAUCUCCCUUACUGUCUCCUUCGCCUUUCGGUAGUCUCAGACGACUCUGAUGGCCUUCAUUUCCAAGGCUGAAUCGUCUUCAUCGCAGUUUUCGUUAACAUCGGCUUCUUCUUUCAUAGAUGACGAUGACUUUCAAGAUCCCUGUCCUUCCCAGUUUCUCUCAAACAACAUGGCGUCAAAACCCGUUUCGAGGAAGCCUCAAAUUCCUUCCAGUUCUGCUCAUAGAGACCGGAAGAAGGCGAAGAAGCAAAGAUAUGACAGCUCUGACGGAGAAAUUUUUGUCAAGCGGGUAGAGGGACAAAACUCUGAUGAGCUGGUUCAGGAAAGUGUGGAUUUGAACUGUGGGUUGGACUCUAUCGGGUUAACUAUCGAUUGUUCUUAUGGUGAAUCUUUGAACACUAAGGAAGAAUGUACGAGUAAAUGUUCUAAUGAAGUGGUGCCAAACAAAAAAGUUGGAGUGGAUAUUGAUGAAAGUUCUGACAAGAAAAACAAUUUAUUUUCAUGUUUGGUUAAGAGGCAGGCGCCGGAGUUUAAAAAAGGGUACUUUACCAAGUCCAUAGAGUCAAGGUUGUUGAAAUCUGCUGUAGGACUGAAAGAUGGGGGAGAGGAUGAAGAAUUGGGGGAGAGCUCAGAGCUCGAUGUGCUCCUUAAACUAUGCCGUGAGGGAAGUGAAGGAGAUGACAAUUCCGUGGAAGAUGAAGAGAAAGAGGAACAGAACUGUACUUCUGAACGUAAUGACUACUCUGGUCUGAUUUAUUGUCCACUUUGUGGUAGGGACAUCACAGAUUUAAGGGAGGAGCAAAGGCAAGUACACACCAAUGAGUGCAUUGACAAAGAGGACGCACCAUCUCAGGCAGUUGGUUCCCAUCGUGACACAUCUUAUCAAUAUCUUGGGCAAGUUCUUGAUGCUUCCCCUACUCAAACUCCUCAAAAGAUUGUUGCUAUGUCUCCUGUUGUUGAAUGGCUACGUAAGCUAGGGUUAGUAAAGUAUGGAGAAUUGUUUAUUCAACAUGAGAUUGAUUGGGACACCCUAAAAUUGCUGACAGAAGAGGAUCUAUUUAAGAUUGGUGUUAGUGCACUUGGUCCCAGAAAAAAGAUUGUUCAUGCUCUUUCUGAACUAAGGAAGGAAAACAUCAAAGAAGGAGUACAUAUAGAUGCCAAAAAGGCUGUAGUUGUUGAUGAUACAAAUAAUGUCAAGCCGAGCAAAUUGAUUACAGAUUAUUUCCCGUCUUCGGUUGUCAGGAUGCAAAGUGACCAUGCUGCUUCUACUUGGAAAAAAUUAGGGAGCGAUCUCAUAGAUUCUUCUCACAGAACUGUUAAGAAGAUAGAUCCUUCCAGGAAAGCGAAGUAUAAAGAUACUCCUAUAUGGUGCUCUAUACCAGGAACAUCGUUUCGUGUGGAUGCUUUCAAGUACCUCAGAAGAGAUUGUUCCCACUGGUUCCUUACUCACUUUCAUGCUGAUCAUUAUCAAGGUUUAACAAAGUCCUUUUGUCAUGGGAAGAUAUAUUGCUCCUUAGUGACCGCAAAGCUUGUGAAUAUGAAAAUUGGAAUUCCUAUGGAUACCAUAGAAGUUUUGCCUCUUAACAAGAGGAUCAACAUUGCAGGUACUGGUGUCACCUGCUUUGAUGCAAACCACUGCCCAGGUGCCAUCAUAAUCCUCUUUGAGCCUUCCAAUGGUAAGGCUGUCUUGCAUACGGGAGAUUUUCGUGUUUGUGAUGAAAUGAUGAAUAUUCCUGUUUUUCAAUCUUGUAAAAUCCACACUCUCAUCCUGGACACUACUUACUGUGACCCUCAGUAUGACUUUCCUAAUCAGAAUGCUGUGAUACAAUUUGUCAUUGAAGCCAUACAAGCUGAAGCUUUCAACCCAAAGACAUUAUUCUUGAUUGGUAGCUAUACUAUUGGAAAAGAAAGACUUUAUGUAGAAAUUGCUCGUGCUCUCCGCAAGAAAGUCUACGUCACGGCAGCUAAGCUGCGUAUUUUGCAAUGCUUGGGGUUCUCUGAUGAAGAUAUGCAAUUUUUCACGCUGAAUGAACAGGAAAGCCAUAUUCAUGUUGUACCGUUAUGGUCACUCGCUAACUUCAAGCGGCUGAAACAUAUUGCUAAUCAAUAUAUGGGCCGUUUUAGUCUUAUAGUGUCAUUCUCUCCAACUGGCUGGUCUUUUGGUAAAGGGAAACAAAAGAAUCCUGGUAAAAGAUGGCAACAGGGUACCAUGAUAAGGUACGAAGUGCCAUACAGCGAGCAUAGUAGCUUUAGUGAACUAAGGAAGUUUGUUAAGUUUGUAGCUCCUUCAAACAUUAUCCCGAGUGUAAAUAAUCAUGGACUAGAAUCCACCCGCAAAAUGGUCUCCCUUCUCUCUGGAAGUUUGAAUAAUGCUGCUGCUGCUACAUCUUGCGGCUCAUGCUUGGCUUCAUCCUCUCUUUAAUUUCCUGCCAUAUGCUCUAUAUAGCUCUUCUAACCUUGAGAGUUGAUAUAUGUUUUGAAACACAUCAAUGGCGCUGAAUGUUAUGUUUUUGUAGGAUGGAAGUAUAUAUGUUUUGCUCUGAAUACAAUCUCACUGACGCUUGUUUGUCUGCUGCUUUGAAACUAGGAACUUUCACAUUCUACAUUUGCAUUGUAUUCAUAUACUCAUUCAUCUCUUACCUUUUCA